GCUCAGGAAGUGGAUGAAACCACCAAAGAUUCCCGCAGAUUCGAUACAGAUUGUCCUGAUGUUACAAACGUGUCCACGCUGACUUUAAACACGUAGUUUAGAUAUCCCCCGCGGUAUAUUUGCGACGAUAAUGCUGGAUGGUUGCGCUCAUGAAAUUGACCAGAGAUUUAUACAGGCUGCUGGGACUCGGGAGCGGCCCCGCUGUCCAGCAGCAGGAGGAGCAGAUGGACUGUAGCGCCGCAGCAACUGACCCAAGCAACGAUGCCGUUUUGUCACAGGAAGCAUUAAAUGGAGACGAAGAUUUGAGUGAGGAGGAGAAGGCCAGAAGGAAGGCAGAGCGACGCAAAGCCAAGAGGAAGCGCCGCAGAAAACGUAAGAAGCAGGGACAGAUUAAGCAAAAUGACAGCACUGAACAGGAUGAUGAUGAAGAUGAUGGAGGCCCAGAGUCUGAAAUGGAUGAGAGUGAGUCAGAAGCAGAGGCUGGCGCUGAAGAGGAGAAACAAAGGCCAGAAAAAGAGGAGAAGAAAGAGGAGAAGUCGGCAGCCUCGCACAAGUGUGUUACUCCUCCGGUCAUGACUCCACCAGGAAUCAAAGGACAACAAAAGACCCAAGCCAGAUCCACUGAAGAGGUAGAGCCUGAGUGGGAUGUGAGCAGUGCCUUCUUUGCUAAUGCUGCUAGCCAUAUCAAACCCAAAGGAUCAAGUCGCAAGUCCAAAGAAAACAAGGAGAAUGAGGCCAGGAGAGAGACAAAUGGAACUGACACCACGACCAAGAAAAGUGCAUCACUGACGGAAAAAGGGAUUAAGCUGGUUCAAGAGGGACAGUACGCACAGGCAGUCAGUAUGUUUACAGAAGCCAUCAAAUGUGACCCAAAGGAUUACAGGUUCUUUGGGAAUCGUUCUUAUUGCUAUUACUGCUUGGAGCAGUAUCCCCAGGCCCUGGAGGAUGCUGAACGCUCCAUUCAGCUCUCCCCAGACUGGCCCAAGGGACACUUUCGUAAAGGCAGUGCUCUCAUGGGCAUGAAGCGGUACAGUGAGGCAGAGAAGGCUAUGGAGCAGGUUCUGAAAUUGGAUGAAAACUGUGAGGAGGCCGUCAUGGACCUUUUUAACUGCAAAGUGCUGCAGUUGAUGGAGCUCGGUUUUGACGAAAUGCAAAGUGUCGCGCUGCUGGAGAAGUUUUCGACUGUGCAGGCUGUCCUGGUGUCUGAUGCUGUCAGAGCAUCUGCGGGCCAAGAUUCAUCAGGGGUGCAACCAGGCAGCCCUUGCCCGUCUCUGUGGGUGGGAAAUGUGACAACAGAGUUAACUGAAAAACACCUACGGGACCUUUUUAAGAUGCAUGGUGAGAUAGAGAGUAUCCGUGUGCUGCAUGAGAGGUUUUGUGCCUUCGUCAACUUUAAGAACGCCGCCAUGGCAGCCCGUGCCAUGGAGAAACUAAAUGGUCAUUUAAUUGAGAACACGCGUUUAGUAGUGCGCUAUCCGGACCGUCGCGCUCCGAGGGUCCCCACCUUCCCACUUAAGACUUGUCUCCCUGUCACACAGCAGGCAGGGGUAGCUGCUGGACCUCGAAGACGCGGCCCCGUGAAUGGAGAUGAGUGUUACUUCUGGAGAACCACUGGCUGCCAUUUUGGGGACAAAUGUCAUUACAAACACAUUCCCGAUCAGAAAGGCAAGGACAGGAAACCCUGGCAGCCUUGAACUUCGUUUACUCGCUGCCUCUCUGUGGUGUACUGGAAUCUGGGAUGCACCGGCUGUGCCAAUGGAACUGGUACUCACUGGAUACGGUUCUUGGGGCUAAUAAUAUUUACUGGGGCAGAAUGGACCAGAAAAGGGUCAGGGCCAGUACUCGGGCUCUAGGUGAGAGAUAGUCCCUCAUGUGCUAUAAGGACUGGGAGUGUGAAGGUUUUUAUUCAAACUAACGACUAGACUCGGUGAUAUUACUCAAGAGGAGCAUCAAAAUCACCCGGUGUAGCUUUUCAAAUAAAAAUCUUCAUAUCCGCAGGGCUUUAUGGCACAUGGUGAUCUAGUCUUUCGUUACACAUAAGGAGGAAGUGAAAUUUCCUUGUAAUGGCUCUGCCAUAUACAGCGGUUUGAACGGAAUCAUCUCGGGCACCUUCCUACGUUAGAAAUGCCUUCACAAAACAGUGUUCCUCUCCACUUCUAAAAUACAGUUAAUUGACCUUACAGUUUAUGAACUGAGUUUAACAUUUGAGGUGUACCCAUUAAUCACAACUGCUCAGUCUGCAGUUAAAGCUGGGCUCCAGUGCUGCUUUUUGAUAACUGUGCCAGACUUGACCACCAGACCAAAGACUAACCAAGGGGUGUACUCGGCUUUUCAGUACCUCCCCCUAUGCAGAUAAGGUUUUGUUUUUUAGCAAAUAAGCUAGAGACCCUGAUAGAUGCCUUAAUUCUGUGCUAUGUAGCCUUAGUUUACUCUUAUAUAGGCAAACUGAUUUAAGAGCCGCGGUCGGACUUAAAGAAUUGGAAAUUUAAAUCCAGUGUGUAUUUUACUUUACUUAAACUGGCUGUCCAUUUGUUGAAAGACUGAAUACAGUCACUGCACGUCUGCUGAGCUGUGACAAACUAUGGAGGACCCUCUGCCCUUCAUAAACUUAGUGGCCACACCUGACAAUAUUGUGCAAUCCAGAAGAAUGAAUAGAGCUCUUAUGAAGGCUGUAGUGUUCAGUAUUCAGUACGUGGGGUUUUGAGAAGUUUUGUUUGAACUUUAAUUGCGGUUUUGAGGCUGACGUUUUGGUUUUAUUGUUCUUGAUUGCAUAACAUGUCAGACGUGAGGCACUUCAGCACUGCAAGUCUUUUUUUUUUUUUCCUCAUCCUUAGAUUAUUGAGUGCACAUUUUAAAAGUUCAGAGGUCUUUAUGUCUAUGCAAAAGGAAGGUGACGAAUUGACAGUGCGCACACAUUCCCAGGAGCAUCUUUAAAAUAAACAUUUAAACUUUGAAAAGCAGUGUUUAUGACCUUAGGGCCUCCACUUCAGUAUUUCAGUGACCUCAAGAAUCUGAUGGCUCUGCAUUAAAAACAGCCUCGUUCUUUCAUAACUUCCAACACUAGACAGUGCUUUAAAACCCAUUGACAUAUUUGUAUCAACCACUAGACAAUAUUUGCAGAUGUUUUAAGUCCACACUACGUUAACUAGUAAACUAUGCACAGCAUAUAGUAAGUAUUUAUUUACCUAUUUAUACAUGUUUUGUUUUCUAUUUCUUCUCUUCUUCUUUUGUAUAACACAACUUGGGAACUCUUUUAACAUACUGGUCUUUUGUCUUGCUGUAGAACUUUAUUCUUUAUAAGUCAGGAUCCAGCUUCAGCUUACUUUCAGCUUUAAGAGGUAAAUGUUAUUCAGAACCAUUUGGUGCAAACACUGUCACAUGCUGCACUUCUGCUUUUCAUGUAAUAGUUUCUGUAUUGUGGCUACAACAUGUUAACAAGUAAUUAGAUGCGAAAACUGAAGAUGGCACUCGUGUCAAAUUCACAGUUCUGUUUAAUUGGUGCUCUUAACUUGGCUCCACAGUGCAUUUAAUUUUGUAGACUUUUGUACCUGUUUUUGUUUUAACCUUCAUUUUAAAAUUUCAUUGUAUAAAAGAUUUAAAUUGGACGAGUUUUCCCCUUCAAUGUUUGAUGUGCUUUUAAGUUUCUUGACCCCAUUUCAAACUAUUUCAGGAAAAUGUUUCUAAUUGUGAUACACACAUUUAUAGCAAUAGCACUGCAAUCAUUUUAAUCUCCCAAAUAUUUUGUAUUAUCAUUAUUGCACUGCAAAAAAAAGAGUUUUAUAUUUAAUAAACAUAUUUGAACCAUGAA